AUGACUGGCAGAGGAGGUGGCGGCGGCCGCAGAGUUCUGUUGCCGCCUAUUAACUUCCUUUUCCGUCUUUUGCAGCAACGCUCGACCGUGCAGAUCUGGCUCUACGAGCAGCUAUCGAUCCGCAUCGUGGGCACGAUCCGGGGAUUUGACGAGUUCAUGAACCUUGUCAUCGACGACGCGGUCGAGGUGAAGCAGAUUUCUAAGACGAACGAUACCGAGACAAGGAGGCCAUUGGGGCAAAUCCUUCUGAAAGGCGACAACGUCUCCCUCAUCCAGAGCCUGUCCUGA